AUGGUGCCUGAGAGCUUUGUUUGUUUUCUACAUCAGCAGAGUUUCCUGGAGGCUCCACAUCCCUCUCAUCACUCACAAUGCAUCCCCUGGGAGCCGGCGGAGCCCAGGCCUGGAGGAUCAGGGCCACAUUCAGUAGACAUGGUGCCUCCGGAGAAGCAGCCAUUUUCCCCAGAAAAUAUGGCUCAUUACCAGCACAGACAAAAUGAAGUGUCCAGUGGCGAGCUAACAGCCAGGAGGCCUGAUGGGUGA